AUGGAAGAUGUAAUUAAAUCAUAUAAUACCAAGAACAAUGAUAAAUCGACAAAUGAAAGCAUAGCUGACAUUGAUAAUGAUGAAAAUCAUGCGAGUAAUUUAAUGAACUGUAUAGUACCAUCGACUAGUGUUAACCAACGGAUGCGUCGUAUUGAAGAAAUUUUAGAUUCAAUACCGUAUUUCUUUGGUAGUAUGCUUGAUGAUAAUAAUUUGCAACGACGCUUACUUGUUGAAUUAGGUGAUUGCCUUUUAAUAUCAUGUCCAAAAUUAAACGAAAAAAUAAAUCCGGAAUCUAAUUGGUACUUGGUUGUAUUAGAAGCAAAUGAAAUUGUUGAAAAAGUUAGGGUAGCAUAUCGUGAUAAAACUUUUAAAAUUUGGAAUGAUAAGAACACUACACUACAUCAGUAUAUCGAAAUGCGAUCUUUGAAAACAAUUGAACGACCGUGGAAUAUUAUUCCAGAACAGUUAACCAAAAAGAUGCCCAAUAUUCUUCAUCAUGCAUAUCCAAUUAAUGAUGUAAUUUUCCCAUUGGGCAAAUUUUUACAAAAAACAUUAAACAUUGAUCAUAAACAUUGGAUACCAGUGAUCGAAAUGAGUGUAAGCAAUUGUAGCAUUGAUGAAUUGAAAUGUUUGAUUGUUGAAGCAAGAAAACGACGACGAUUUGGAUCAAUAAGAAUUUGGCGACUCUGGGGCAUAUGUCACUAUUCGCCUGAAAGUGUGUCAUUAGUUCUUGAAGAUAUUACUUAUGGUUCGCUUGCUGACUUUAUUCGAACAAGUCCUAGACCACAAGAUCAGCAAUGUAAAUUUGCUAUACAAAUAGUAGAUGGCCUUCGAAAUCUUGAAAAAUAUGGUUUUAUACAUUGUCGUUUAUCAAUUGAUGUUUGUUUACUUACUUAUAAUUACAAUGUUAAAAUUGCAAUUUAUGGAUUAACCCCAGGUGAAUUAUAUCCAACGUACGUUGAUGUUGACGAUAUUGAUCAGUGCAGAUGGUUACCGCCCGAAUGUUUACCAAAUUCAGACAUUACACCGAUGCCAUAUAAUACGUCAGGAAUGAUUUAUUCCUACGGGAUCAUACUUUGGUCAAUGUUUCAUGGCGGUGCAUUACCGUUUGAAGAUGAACCUGCGGAAAAUAUUCGAAGUCGUCGAUAUCGUAUACAAAAUCCAUUGUAUAUUGAACCGGAAUUAGUUCCAAAUGAAAUUCGUAAUGUUAGUUAG